GGCAACCUCUCAUUUUUUGUUUAUUUUCAUAUUCUCCCUCGUGUAUUUUGCAUGCACUGUUUGAAAUUAAUUUACAGAUCUUUUUUAACUCGUUUUCCCACAGACUCUUUUAAGCAUGGGGAAAAGAAAGCUAUCUAGGAAUAUUGAUAAUGAAGUAGGUAGAAAUAAUAUUGUCUCAAAGAAUAAUGAAUCUGAUCAAAAUGAAGAUGAGAAUGAAGAGAUGACUGAAAAUGAUAUGGACAUUUUUGCUGAGGGAAUCUCAGAAAGUGACAUUGAUUCUGCUGAUGGAAAUGUAGCUGAUGAGAGUUCAGAAGGAGAAAAUGAAUCUGUUGAUGCAGAUGAAUGUUCAAAUAGUGAAAAUAAUUUGGUCAUUGGAAAUGAAGGAUGGGCUGAUGCCAUGGCUAAAGUUUUACAUACGACAACUAAAGGCUCAAAGUUUAUUCUUAGUAAAGCAAAAAAAGAUAGAGAUAUUAAAGCAAAAGAUAAUAAGCAGUUGGAACUUGUUGAUGAAACUGGUCAAGUAAUUAAAAAAGAAAUGCCAGAAAAAAGUAAAAGUUUCAGUGAGAAGAGGAAAGAAAUGCUUGAAAAACAAAAACUGAAAGCAGAAUGGGAGGCUAUGUGUCGAGUGAAACCAGAUGUAAGGAAUAAAGACAGGGAAAGAGAACUCAUCAAGAUUGCAACCAGAGGUGUUGUACACUUAUUUAACACAGUGGAAAAACAUCAAAAAACAGUUAAAAAUUCUAAAAAGAAUAAACAGAAAGAUAAGAAGCUAAGUGUUGUAAAAGGUAACUUUAUGGAUAUCCUUAAAGAAUGUGCUAAGAAAGAUAAGGAUGUACAGGAGGAUCCUGCAGCAAAAAAAGCAAAACAAGAAGCAACAUGGAGUAUAUUAAAAGAUGACUUUAUGAUGGGAGCUGAAAUGAAAGACUGGGACAAAGAUGAUGAAAAUACAUGAAAUAUGCAUUAAAUUUUUAAUAUUUCAUAAA